AUGGGGAGAAUUAUGAGUGUGGCUUUACCACUAGUAGCUCUUUCAGUGGCGAGCAUAUGUUAUGGGAUGGCAGAUGCAGCGGCGGCGAAACCUCCGUCAACAUAUUUGAAGUGGCAUUAUUAUAAGACCACCAAUACAUGCCACGAUGCGGAGGAGUAUGUCCGGCACGAAGUUAAACUGUUUUGGGAUAGUGACAAAAGCAUUACGGCAAAGCUCCUCCGCUUGGUUUAUUCCGACUGUUUUGUCACUGGAUGUGAUGCGUCCAUUCUGCUUGACGAAGGACCAAAUCCAGAGAAAAAUGCACCACAAAACCGGGGGCUUGAAGGAUUUGUAGCGAUUGACAAGAUCAAAUAUGUUCUGGAAUCACGAUGCCCUGGAAAAGUCUCCUGUGCUGACAUACUUCACCUAGCCACCAGAGAUGCUGUUCACCUGGCAGGUGGACCAGCUUACCCAGUUUUAACUGGAAGAAAGGAUGGCAAAAUAUCGGAUGCUGCAUCAGUAGACCUUCCAUCCCCAUCCAUCUCACUGCAGAGUGUUCUAGAAUAUUUCAAAUCGAGGAACUUGAAUGAAGUACACAUGACAACACUUUUAGGAGCACACACAAUGGGCCGAACACAUUGUAGCUACAUUGUUGAUCGUCUGUACAACUACAGUGGGUCCGGAAAACCAGACCCAAGCAUGAGUGCCACUUUACUAGAGUCACUGAGAAAACUUUGCCCACCAAGGAAGAAGGGACAACCAGACCCUCUAGUAUACCUAAACCCAGAAUCUGGAUCAAAUUACAAGUUCACGGACUCGUACUACAGAAGGAUCCUAUCCCACGAAGCUGUUCUAGGAGUUGAUCAACAAUUACUAAAUGGUAAUGACACUAAACAGAUCACCGAGGAGUUUGCUGUUGGAUUUGAAGAUUUUCGGAGAUCUUUUGCCGAAUCAAUGUACCAGAUGGGGAAUUUCAAGGUUUUAACAGGAAACCAAGGCGAGAUACGCAAAAAUUGCCGAUAUACAAAUAAGUAG